AUAUAAAUAACUAGACUAGAUAUAAAUAAAGUAAAUCAAACGAAUUCGUCUCCAUAGUCCGAACACGAAAAACCUUUUUCUUUUUCUUUUUCUUUUUUUGUUUUAAUAAAUCGUCAUCAAACAGAGAGUUGCAAUCAAGGAAUUUCAUCAAGAGUGUGAGAAAAAUGGCUCAGGCGGUGGAAGAAUGGUACAAACAGAUGCCAAUCAUCACUCGAUCUUAUCUUACUGCUGCUGUAGUCACCACCAUCGGAUGUUCUCUUGAGAUCAUUUCACCAUAUAAUCUGUACUUGAAUCCUCGUCUUGUAAUGAAACAAUAUCAAUUUUGGCGGCUUGUCACCAAUUUCUUGUACUUCCGCAAAAUGGAUUUGGACUUCCUCUUCCACAUGUUCUUUCUUGCUCGGUAUUGUAAACUUCUUGAGGAAAACUCCUUCCGUGGAAGAACUGCGGAUUUCUUUUACAUGCUUUUGUUUGGUGCUUCUGUUUUAACGGGAAUUGUGCUUGUUGGAGGAAUGAUCCCAUAUGUGUCAGAGUCAUUUGCAAAAAUCAUAUUCCUGAGCAAUUCCUUGACAUUCAUGAUGGUGUACGUGUGGAGCAAGCAAAAUCCUUUUAUCCAUAUGAGUUUCUUGGGUCUUUUUACAUUUACAGCGGCUUAUCUACCCUGGGUACUUUUGGGAUUCUCUAUCCUGGUUGGUGCCAGCCCCUGGGUCGACCUUCUGGGAAUGAUUGCUGGACACGCAUAUUAUUUCCUAGAAGACGUUUAUCCAAGAAUGACAGGUCGCCGCCCUCUUAGAACUCCUUCAUUCAUCAAGGCCCUCUUUGCAGAAGAGCCUGUUGUGAUGGCGCAGCCUGGAAAUGUAAGAUUUGCUGCCCCAGCAGCAGAUGAUCUCCAUCAAGAUUAGCCAGCCUCGUCGCGAAACCAAGACUUGAAACUAAUAGCCUUGUGUUUGCUUGUAAUUAUUUAUGUGCGGGUAUAGUUGGGGCAAGAAUGAGGUUGUUACCGUUGCAAGAUUCAAUUUAACUGAUAAAUCUAACUAUAGGCUAAAGGAUUACUGUGAUGCUGCUGUUUUGUUGGGGUUUAGUUCUAAUGUAAAAUUCCAGUUUGCCAAUUUGGCUUUUGUGCAGUCAAAACAAGUCUAAACAGAAUGAAUCCAUAGUACAGGGGUGAUUCUAUGCAAAUUUGUUUAUUUUUUCACUCAUUAUUUGUGAAUUUGCUCUGAAA